UCUUGGAGAAACAGCCCACAGACAUGAACUAUCUCCUUUCCUGGCUUGUACUGGUUGUGGCCUCCCAUCCACUGCUGGCACACCCCAUUACAAAAUCUGCUGAGAUACCUUACCCAGAACUUGUAUCAAUGGAGGACAGAGGAGUCGGGCGUCUGGAUGAAAUCUCGCUCCUGGAGAGAGAUCCGCAGGAUGUUGCUGGACUCCAAUACUCUGCUCUAAUAUCUGGGGAGAUCAACAGAGAUGGUGUCAGAACUACAGGCCUGUUUCCGAAAGGGCUGAAAAGCAAGGUAUUACUGGAGAAACUGCAAAACCCUUUCAGUCACAUGCUGGGUAUCCACAAGCAGUUCAGAAAAAGAGGAGAAAAUUCAGAAUGUUUCUGGAAGUACUGUAUCUAA